GCUCAAAGCUGUUAUCGGGGAUAACAAGUUUAGAGGACAGUCACUGCCUUCGGUUACGUAUCGUUAUAGAGAAGCAGCCCUCUAACAUGUCUGAACUACAGCAAUUCUUGUCAAAUCCUCUAUACCAUGACCUGUUCUCCAUAAUCAAGGGUGCUAGGAAUGGUUUCGUGUACGGCUGCAAGAUCCGUUUCCCUCACGCUCUAGUGAUGACCCUCCUGUUCUCCAACCGAUCCUGGCCAGAGAAGGUCCGAGCCAUUUACACCGCCACCUUGACACAUGCGAAGAAUUUGGCCAAGUUCGUCACGGUGUACAAGCUGCUGUUGAUCUUGCAACGGAGACUCCGAGCCGGAGUCGGAGCCGGAGCUGGAAAUGCAGAGAGGACUGGGGUAGCUGGGAAGAGUAUUGGAGCUAAGGGUGUGGAGAGAGGGCUGGAUUCGUUCGUCGCAGGGCUGGUUGGAGGAUAUUGGGUGUUUGGCGAGCGGACGGCGAUCAACGAACAAAUCGUUCUCUACGUCUCCUCCCGAGUGCUCGCCUCAUUCCUCCCUCGACUCCUGUCAUCGGCAUCUGGUACCGCUUCACUACCCCCAACAUCACCCUCGAGCUCGAUCUUGCCAGCCAACCUUCGACCACUCUCCACCCUGUCCCCUCUGACGUCCAAGGCGGCCAACCCGCGUCCGAUCCCACCUGCCGAUACGCCGUUUGCGAUUUUCGCUGCUCUGAGCUGGGGUCUGGUGAUGUACGUCUACAGACAUCAUGGAGAGAGGCUUCAGCCGGGCAUGGUCAACAGCAUGUCUUAUCUGUACCGAGAUUCCGAGGCUUGGAGUAGUUUAAAGACGCUCUUGUGGCACAACAAGUAGACGUUACAUCGGAAUCUACUCAUGAUGCAAAGCGCAAGAGAUAACAGAGGAUUCAACGGACUUCAAGGGAGGGAACGAUGAGGAUCACGACAUAAAAGACAGCUAGAACCUUCCGCGGCACGAAGAUCUGAACUCAUGCAAUGCAACGCCAACGAGCUAUCACCCACAUACUGAUAGAGUAUCAUCCAGGAUUGUAUCGUGUAUCAAGUAGUUCUGCCAUUACCGAUAGUCGAUGACCAGGACGAUCGUAUUAUUUUGA